CCUCGCCUAUACCGUGCUGAGUUUUGAUGGCAUUAUGACCAGCUUCAUUCUCUUGAGCAACGACAUUUAUCUCUGUCCUGUAAUCCGAGUCCAGCAACUCCAGCAGUCCGCAAGACGAGAGCUAUACUUCACCGUUAACACCACAUAGUAUGGAGCGUCUUCUCCCAAAUCUAUCCACAUUGACAACCGUCAAAGCAGCUAGAAACAUCAUCAUAUCAAGUCGACGCCUUGGCUGGUACACUCCGCGAUCAACUGUUCGAUUCUUCGCCACGAACGGUUCCCACCAUAGUUCUAGCAAUAACAAAACACUACACUCAUCAGUCGGGAUGCCUUUGAACAUCUUGAUUAUAGGUGCUGGUGUUGCUGGCCCGGCCCUUGCAAUAUUUCUACAAAAAUCCGAUCCCAAUCACAAGGUCACCGUCAUAGAGCGAUUUUCCUCGCUACGUGUGGCAGGCCAACAAAUUGAUAUCAAGAACCAAGGUGUUGAUGUCCUAAAGAAGAUGGGGAUCUUCGAUGCGAUCAAAAAAGCGUGCGUUGACGAAACCGGCCUUGAGGUCAUAGAUUCGAGUGGACGACGGAAGGCGCUUGUAGGCAUCAACCCUGCUGGUCAAAGCCGUCGCACUUUGACAUCCGAGUUUGAGAUCAUGCGUGGUGACAUGGUUAAAGUGCUUUACGACGCAAGUAUUGAGCAGAAUGAACAAGCGAAGCAGCUUGGGGGAAAGGGGGGCCUGACGUACGAAUUCGGCAAGGAAGUUACAGAACUCACACAAACCGAUAACGGGGUAGACGUUACCUUUUCUGACGGGCAGAAGCAAAAUUACGACCUGGUGAUAGCGGCAGAUGGUCAAGCAUCGCGUACCAGACGCAUGGCUUUUGGCAAGGAAGCUAACGACGAAGCCUUCAAGUCUAUCGGAGUCCACGCCGCCUACUACAGCAUCCCACGUAGCGAAGACGAGGGCACACUUGCAAGGGUUUAUAACGCACCGGGAAGAAGGAUGCUACUUACCAGAACAAGUGGCAGACCGGUGACACAGGUCCUACUCUUUACCAUGGCAGAUUCAGAUAAUCUGAGAAAGUCGUACAAAGAAUCAGUCGAGAAGCAGAAGGAAGCUUUUACGGAGACCUUCAAGGGUGCCGGUUGGCAGACCGAUCGAUUGCUAAACAGUAUGAAAACAACGACAGAUUUUUGGGCGCACGAGUUAGCUCAAAUCAGAAUGAAGCAGCUGUACAAGGGUCGGGUUGCGCUACUCGGAGACGCAGGCUAUUGCCCUACUCCAUUCACGGGAAUGGGGACAACAGGGUGUCUUAUCGGCGCUUACGUCCUUGCGGGAGAAUUGGCACGACAUAAUAACGAUGUCCCCAGUGCCUUAAAAGCGUAUGAUACGGUAGUACGGCCUGGGAUUGAUGAGAUCCAGAAACUUCCCACAGAGCUUAUGGGUGUCUUUUUCCCGUCUUCCAAGUUGGGCGUUUGGAUUUUGCAAAACGUAAUAUGGGCGGUAUCUAAAAUUGAACCCCUAACCUACCGACCAAAGCCAGAGGGAGAUUACGCGUGGCGUCUACCAGAGUAUCCUGAGCUUAAGCUAUAACCUACCACCUAUCUAGUAGUGUAGCUAGAUCCAGAUUUGGAGUGAGAAGUGCUGUUCAGAGAAGUAUGUAUAGACGGUAUGUGCUAGUAGCAUAACCCCGGUGGUUUGGAGGAUGAACAAUAUAUUUUAGCAGGGUAGUUCCGUAG